AUGGUUCGCGGGCGAGGCCACGCCGAGUUCAUCCUGCCCCCAAUCGAGAAGGCGACGAUGACCUCGACGGACCCUAGGCACAAGGCUUCCAAAGCCUCCUUGCCGCCGAUCCCCUCGAUGCCCUCCACCUUCACGGAGGCCGACUCCUCAGAACGCCAGCGCAGUGCCCGCCCUGCCAGAUUUCGCCCAGCCGCCGACUUCAGAAACGGUGAAGCCGCAGAGACGGCGCCACCGCCACAGCCGCCACCGCAGCAGCUGAAAGGUCGAGCGCGGCCGCAUCCGUACUUGCUUGAUGCAAGCCUCAAGGGCUUCUGUUGGAGAACGUCCUUCGAAAAGAUACGCCCUUCUGCAGAAAAGGCUGACAAGGUGUACUUCGCGCCGGUGGUACCGGGCGUGCCAUGUCCUCGCAAAGGCCGCCGUCCUAGAAGGCAGAAUGGUGGCUUGCUACCGCUGCCAACUUACACAGUGCAGCCACCGAUUAGUGCACCGGCCUCUCCCAGUGCGCCUCGCCAGAAGGUCCUCUCCAAGCUCCACACCGUUCUCGCACUCGAGGGGCUACCGGAGGAUGUCGCCCGUCGGGUGAUCGAUGCGGUGGAAGAAGUCUUUGACGAGCAGGAAGCGGAGCAGGAGCUCAGGCCUGCCCCGAAGGUGUACGAGUUCUGCAAUGACGCAUCGCCCACGACAGAGGACGAAAGCCCGAGUGCUCCCACGGAGGUGCCGAUUGGCGAGCUCAGCGACAGCUUUAUCGAGGCUGCAAUGGACCAGGCCACCGUCUCGAACGAGGCUCCAGAGCCCGAGGCUCCAGAGCCCGAGGCUCCGGAGCCCAAGGCUCCAGAGCCCAAGGCUCCAGAGCCCAAGGCUCCAGAGCCCAAGGCUCCAGAGCCCAAGGUGGAGGAGAUCCGGGUCGUUCCAAACACAGAUGAAUUGGACGAAGCCCGAUCCAGGAUGAAUGCGUGCUUACGGGCAGCUGUGGAGGCUGAGCGCGCUGAAGAGGCGGUUGCUCAGCAAGAUGCUGCUGUGGAUGAAGCUCACCUCAGGACGGAGGCGAAUCCGGCUGCGGAAGACGGCGCUCUCCAGGAGGCGGCGCCCUCAUUGGCUGCUGCAGAAACGCAUGUGCCCGAGUCGGAGGAGCCGGAGGACUCAGAGAUCGAGCUGGCGAGCGACGACGAGUUCGAGGUCAUCGACAUGAUGGCAGCUGAGGUGCUGACGUCGGUGUUUUCACGUGCAGUGGGCGCAGAGGCUGAACCUGAGCCAUGCCGGCAAAAAGCACCAGGAGAGCAAGGGGGACGCAGUGCCGUGACCGAAGGCAAGCUCGAGUUCAAUGCAACGACCAACAAAUGGGUGCGGCGGCCAUCACACUGA